AUGCUCGGCCGCAUAAGUAAUAAUGCUCCCGACCGCCGCCGCACCCACCGCACCCUCGCAGCCGCCUCACGCUCCCUAGCCACCGAGUCCAUCUCCCACCCCCAUGCCCAGCACCUCCCCCCGCCCCCGCCGCCGUCCCAGGCAAGCACCCGCCGCGAAGCCCCCCGUGCGCACGCGGAUAAACCCCAGCCCCGCCCUGCGCGCCCGCUCCGCCACCCGACGCUCGCCCACCUCCCGCCGACCUUCGGCCGCAACCAGAUCCUCCCCGUCGCCGACUCCACGCGCGCGCUCCUCGAGAGCAUCGUCGCGCAGUUCAAUGCGCCCAUCCGGUAUGCGUUCGCGUACGGCUCCGGCGUGUUCGAGCAGGACGGGUACAGGAACGAGGAGAAGCCGAUGCUCGACUUCAUGUUCGCCGUCACGCAUGCGGCGCACUGGCACUCGAUCAACAUGAACCAGUUCCCCGGGCAUUACCCGCUGCAUGCGCGGGUCUGGGCUCAGGAGAUGACCCCGGGCGUGUGGUUCAACACUCUUGUGCCGAUGGAGGGGGUCACCAUCAAGUACGGUGUGACGACGGUCGACAACAUGUGCUCCGACCUGCUCAACUGGCGGACGCUCUACCUCGCCGGGCGGAUGCACAAGCCGAUCCGGAUCAUCAAGGACGACGCGCGCGUGCGGCUCACGCAGCAGGUCAACCUCACCUCCGCGGUGCGCACCGCGCUGCUGACGCUCCCCGAGACGUUCACGCAGCGCGAGCUCUUCGCGCGCAUCGCGGGGUUCAGCUACGCGGGCGACGUGCGCAUGGCGCUCCCCGGCGAGAACCGCGGGAAGGUGACGAACAUCGUCAGCCGGCAGGGCGACCAGUUCCGCGAGCUCUACCACCGCCUCGUCGUCGCGCUCCCUGGCGUGCACUGGCCCGCGCACAUGGAGAGCAUCCAGCAGGACACGAGCCCCCAUGCGCGCGCGGCGCACCUGCGCAAGCUCCCGGCGGACCUCCUGAAGGGCGUCACGGAGCGGUACGCGUCGGAGGUGCACCCGAAGGAGGCGGACGAGGCUGUAUAUUGGACCCGGCUCGCGGGUGACGGGAAGCUGCCCGAGGUGAUCGACAGUGAGAUCCGCAAGCUGGUGCGCUACUCGUCGACGGUGCAGUCGAUGAAGGGCGUGGUGAGCGCAGGGCUCGUGAAGAGCCUGCGGUACUCGAAGGAGAAGGUCGGAAAGUGGUGGCAGUCGCGGGGCUCGGGCAGCUCGUGAGCUCGGUUCUCGCUGGUGCCGUGUGUGCGGCGAUAGUAGACCCGGAGUGGGUGACGGGCGGAGGAUUGCGGAUACAUAGAGUAUGGAUGGGGCAUUGCUAAUACUUAUUACCGGCACGCAGACAACAUUGUAUCCAUUCAUGCUCAACUUGCAGUAUAUAAUAGGUGCUAUCACUCCUCUGUCACUCUUGCGUGCAUGCAGGUAGCCGCGUGU